AUGGAUUUAUUACUUACACAGACAAAGUACAUUGAGGAUUUGUUACACAAAGCCAAUAUGACCACAUGCAAAAGCUUAUCUACACCAGCCACACCGAAUGAGAAAUUACAAGCAACUGGUGCUGAAUCUGCACCUGAUAUCACUCUCUACCGCACCAUAGUUGGUGCUUUGCAAUAUUUGAAUAUCACCAGACCCGACAUUGCCUUCUCGGUCCACAAAGCUUCUCAAUAUGUUCAUUCUCCCAAAAUGCAACAUUGGGUUACAGUAAAACGUAUUUUACAUUAUUUGAAGAGCACACAAUGGUAUGGGUUGCUCCUUACUCCUUCUUCUAAUCUUGAUAUUCAUGCUUACAGUGAUGCGGAUUGGGCAUCCAAUCUGAACGAUAGAAAAUCAAUAAGUGGCUAUGCGAUAUUUAUGGGGAGUAAUCUAAUUUCAUGGUAG